GAGUGAUGUAAACAUGAUACGCAGACAAGCCGUGGAGACGUAAAUUAGAUUAUUGUCGGAAAAUUUUGCAUAAUACCACCGUCUCGGGGUGACAGCGAGCACUGAAAAAGAAAAUGUGGUCGUUUUUUGCUCGCGAUCCUACCAAGGAUUUUCCAUUCGAGAUCGGCGAAGUGGUCUGGAACGACCUGGACAGAGGUCGCUCCCUUUGGAGCAUUCACAAGGGAAAGAAAAAGAGUUCUGGUGAUGAAGUGUCGGUGUUCAGCUUCGAUGCAAAAACCGGCGCCCAGUUGUUUGAGCUGGCAAAGGGUGCGAUGAAAAGGUUCAAAACCCUCCGGCACCCGUACAUUUUACCCUACUUUGAUGGCUUUGAGUCUGACAAAGGUGUGUUUUUCGCGACGGAGAGUGUCGAGCCGCUUGAAUCGCACCUGUCAAAAUUGUCUCUCUCUGGCCAACAGAAGUCGCUGUACCUCUCUUGGGGAAUUUACCAAAUCGCGAGAGUUUUGAACUUUUUGAUAAACGACUGCAACUUGCGUCACAACAACAUCUGCAUGUCUUCAAUUUACGUCAACUCGGCCGGAGAAUGGAAACUCGGAGGUCUUGAGUAUGUUUCGAGCGUAGAAGAAGGACCCAAGUUGCCACAGAAGAUGCUCAGUGGCUUGGAUAGAUACAAUCCACCAGAAUACUCAGACCACAGCAAACAGCGUUUUAUUACCAAAUUUUCCAGUGAUAUGUGGGGAUUUGGAUGUUUGAUAUGGGAAGCAUUUAAUGGACCGUUACCUCAGAGCUCAAGUUUGAGAAGUAUAGAAAAGAUUCCAAAGGCUUUAAUUCCUGCUUACAACGAGAUGACGGGCCAAAGUCCUGCGAACCGACCAAACCCUGCCGAGGUUAUCUCCAGGCUAAGGCGCAACGGCUCGUACUUCUGCAAUAACCUUGUCGACGCCCUUCUCUUCCUUGAGGAAAUACAAAUUAAAGAGAAGAACGAGAAAAAUAAGUUUUUCGCCUCACUCUCCGACCAACUCGAUGCAUUCCCAGAAAGCAUUUGCCGACACAAAAUUCUCCCCCAGCUCAUCACCGCUUUCGAGUACGGAGAUGCUGGGUCACCUGUGUUGGCACCUCUCUUCAAGCUGGGAGCAUUACUGCCCGAGGCGGAAUAUCAAAAGAAAAUUGUGCCUUGCGUGGUCAAGUUGUUUUCGUCUAACGACCGAGCCACCCGAAUAAGACUUUUGCAGCAGCUGGAGCUUUUCAUAAGUCAUUUGCAACCAUCAACUGUGAACGACCAAAUUUUCCCUCAACUUGCAAACGGCUUCAUGGACACCAAUCCGACAAUAAGGGAGCAAACAGUUAAAUCCUUUUUACACUUAGCACCUAAGCUUAACUACAAUAAUUUGAAUGUAGAAGUUCUGAGGCAUUUUGCAAGACUGCAGGCAAAGGAUGACCAGGGAGGAAUUCGAACAAACACAACAGUGUGCCUGGGAAAAAUUGCCCAUCAUUUGCAUCCUCAGAUAAGACAAAAAGUUCUUGUAUCGGCAUUUGUCAGGGCUAUGAGGGACCCUUUCCCUCCAGCCAGAAAUGCUGGCAUCUUGGCUCUUGCGGCAACUCAGCAAUACUUCCUCCUCCAAGAAGUUGCUGCAAGAAUUUUACCUGCUUUAUGCCAGUUGACGAGCGAUCCGGAAAAGAGUGUCAGGGACAAUGCGUUCAGAACAAUCAAGGGUUUCCUAGGCAAACUGGAAAAGGUCAGCGAGGAUCCUAGUCUAAAAGAGUCCAUGGAGGCCGACGUCAACACUGCCACUGCUAAUUCCGCAAACUCGUCCGCAACCUGGACUGGAUGGGCAGUCAGUGCUGUCACUUCCAAGUUUUACAGGAGCAGUACAGAAAAAGCUGCAAACAGUAAAGCAGCGCCUAAAAUCGGAUCAGAUCAAUAUUCAUCUGGAACACCAUCGACUGGGACUUCCAGUAUUAAUUCUUCCAUUGACAAGGAAGAUGUCAAAGUGACUGAUUCCACGUCGGAUUAUGAAGAAAAUUGGGAGGGAGAAGGAGAAAAUUGGGGAGAUAUGGAUAGCUCACCUGCCAAAAGCAAAAGUGCAGUUGUGCCAGAUAACGUUGGUGCAGGAAAUGAAGGAUGGGACACUGAGGACUGGGGAGCGAUUGAAGAUAUACCUGAGGAGUCCACACCAACAGUAAGCAGGAGAGAAAUGAAUUGGAAUGUGGCACCAGAAUAUUCAUCGACUGCAAAACCAGCCAGUUCUCAUCAUCCAGGCAGUUCUAAUAUAGACUUUAUUGGAGGAAAUUUUGGCGUAACACAAAGAACGGAAACUAAAACACACAGCGAUUGGGAUGACGCAGGGUGGGAACCAUUAGAUGAUGCUUCACAAGAUAAUAAAAUGGACGAGGCAAAAAGGAUGAGAGAAGAAAAAAGGCUUCAGCGUCAGAAAGAGCUUGAGGCAAAAAGAGCAAAUCGUACAGGCGGUGCAAUGAAACUGGGUUCUAAAAAGGCCUAUGAUUGAUUUGCUAAUUAAUGGUUAUCAUAAUAUUUUGAACCUUGUGUACUUUUCGAAUAAUUAAAAUGAAUUUGCUUCAUUAACAGUC